AUGGCUGAUGUGAUUGAGGCAUAUGUAAAAGCCUUGGGGAAGGGAUUCUCUGCUGCACCUUUUAAGACCUUUACGAUUCGGUUUAGGACUGCUGCCAUGGAAAGGGGCAUUCGUCUUCCUGGGCAUAGUGAUUCUGAGAUUGUUAAUAUAGGUGUUGAUACUUUUGAUGACCCCAAGGCAAUUUGUGCUUUUAGCCUUUUGGAGUUGACACAUUCUCAUUAUGCCGCCAUUUACAUUGAAAAGGAUAGAAGAAGAACUGGAGGUAAAGGGACCCUUCCAAUGAAAUUGACAGUACGAAGAACCAUUCCACAUGUUGAGGAUGAAUGUGUUUCUGGAACUGAAGCCGUCGUAGCAAUAGGUGGCUUGACUAGCCUCUCUGACCCUGGAUUCUAA